CGUUUCAUGGCUACGUCAUCGUGGCUCAUAUUCCUGAUUGUUUUGUUUCCUUAUUCCACAGUGCAAAGUACAAGGUGUGUUAUAAAUAAACUAAACUGGCUGUUUCAAGUCGCACUAUCUAGGUACGGAUGGAUACAAGUAAUACUGCUGGCUUCCCUUUUCGCAAAAGUGAAAGUACUUUUACCAAAGGAGCCUGAUUUUCCAGUUUCAUUUCUCAGUAAAUAGUAACCCAGGAAGCAUAAAACCUGGCCAGAGAACAAAAUCCUGAUCAAAAAGUAAACAGCAGCCGAUUUGUAGAGGAGGAUGAAGAUGUCGGGAAGAUUUGUUCUUCGCUGCACUGUGCUGCUACUUUGCCUCGCCUUCGUGUCUGCCAUUAAGAAGCUAGAUUCCAUUAACGACUUGAAAAAAGUUGACUUUGAUCGAGCUGUGCCGAAGCACACUCUCCUACUGCUUCACUGGUUUGCCAACGAGAUUGACAUUGAUAAUAACGAUGUCAUACAACUGACUUUUGACCCAAACCGAGAAGAAUUUGGAUCACAUCACUAUGGAAACUACGAGAGGGUGUUGAACCCACUGCCUCAGGGAAAUAUCAGAUACCGUUACUACACAGUCGGCAAUCUUUACCACGGACAAGCCAUUUCCGAGCUUCCUGAAUAUGUUCUCCAUCCACAGAGACAGCAUAUGGGAGGCAACAGAGACCGGAUCAUAUUUCGAGUGAGAGAGCACAGCACAAGAGGUCAAGCCAGCGAGAUAAUAGAUGAAGUCUAUAUCACGCAACAUUAUGACAACUCAAAUGAAGGGACACGUUAUGAUCCCGCUCACACAUAUCAGAUCACUACCAACCUGCUGAGACAAAUCAGAGAGUUUUCAGGGGAAGAAGGCACUAGUAACUCUGUGAGAAAGCUCAAAGAAGACUUUGGAAGCAAUAUUAACAACUCACAGUUACGUUCCCUCAUUAUUACGUGGGGUGACCUUGCUUGCCUUGGACUACUGCUGUUUAUCAUCCUUGAGGAAAAAUACUACCCAAACAACAUAAAGUGGGACGCAAAAAGAAUGUCCAGACAUUGUGUCGUCAACAUUCCAAGCAGCAGCCAAGAUCACCACGACGGUCAAGUUCCAAGGGAGCUUUUUGAUCAGGAAAACAUUCAACUUGAGGUGACGACUGGCACAAACGGAAAAGCUAAGAUUCAUUGGCAGGGUGUUUCUGAAGACCGCCUACAGCAACGUGUAAUGCUCGUACUGUUUAAGGACAAUGAGGGCCAGACAGCUCUGUUUUCAAAGCAGAUUGGAAGCAGCUCUGGCGAUAUGGACACCUCAGUACUCUUGAAUACUGGUCUUCAGGCACGGCUACACAAGACAAGAACAAAGUACUGUUUCUGGACAGUCGUGGCUGAGGAGAUCUGCAGGGGCGGCGAGUUUCGGAAUCCAGGAAAAGUCAGGCUACAAGACUACGAUGCAAGCCUUCAGCUAUUUGUUAAGGAUGGUAAGGCUUGCGCUCGCUUAUUUGUGGGCAAAUCAUUUAGAGACUGGAGGUCAGAGUUUGACAAGUCGUGGGUGGGCUUCUACACCGAUGCCAAUAAAACCACUAAUGAAUAUGGAUGGUGGAAUUGGCAGUGGGCCACAAAAUUCCAAAAGUCUACUCCUCUCGACCCUCAUCACAACGUUUAUGAGUAUCACUCAGGGAUGGCCAUUUCCCCAGGAGUCCAAGCACGAUUCAUUAUUAGUGAUAACAGGGUUGUGGCACACACAAGCUGGAGGUGAUUAGACCCCACAUCUAUGAUCAACAAUUCAACUAUAAAUGUAAAUAUCCUUCAAUGAAUGUCUUUUACUUACUGGAUUUGUUUCUUUUGUAUCAUAAAAUGUGACAGUUAAUCAUAUAUCACUGGGGGAGAGCAAUCACAUUAUUUCCCUUGCACUGUAAAUCUCAGAAUGACACAUAGCUGAAUAUUGUUAAAUUGCUUUUGUUUGUAUGUUUCUAUUGUACACAUAUCUGCACAUUACAUCAUCACUUACAUGUUAACUCCUUGGUUUGAAAAAACAAAGCAAAAGCACUAAGAUGAAAAGACUUUGUUUUUGUUGCUGGAGUGUAGCACCCUCACUUCGUAAUCACUCUUGUGCCUCGUGUAUGUAUGCAUGUGUGUAUAUAUUGUUUGUAUAUAUGUAAAUAAAAUUGAGUUUGAUCAAA